AUGGCUGCUCUCGUCAACAUCCGUCGGGACGUCACCGACCCCUUCUACCGCUACAAGAUGGAGCGCCUUCAGACCAAGAUCGAAGGCAAGGGGAACGGCAUCAAGACCGUCGUCGUCAAUCUGAGCAACGUCGCCCAGCAGCUUGCUCGCCCCGGCGCUUACUUGAUCAAAUACUUCGGCUUCGAGCUGGGUGCCCAGACCAACUUAAACCCACCCGACGACCGCUGGAUCAUCAACGGUGCCCACGAGGCUAGCAAGCUUCAGGAGCUUCUCGAUGGCUUCAUUGCCAAGUUUGUCCUGUGCAAGAAGUGCAAGAACCCCGAAACUGUGGUCAAUGUCAAGGAUGGCCGCAUUCUGCUAGAUUGCAAGGCGUGCGGUCAGCGCACCGACGUCGACCUGCGUCUCAAGCUCAGCGGCUUCAUCCUCAAGAACAACGUGACCAAGAAAACCAAAAAGGACAAGGCUGAGCGCAGGGCCGCCCGCAACGCCAAACAGCAGCAGCAGAACGGCAAGAAUGUUGGUGCUGAGGACGGUUCCGGCGACGACAACGGCUCCGAGCAGGCCUCCCCCAUCGACAAGGACAAUGCCGCUGACAGCGAUGAUGAUGCUCUGACUCGCAAGAUCAAGGCUGAGGCGCAGACACUCGAGACCCGUGCCACUGAGCGCGAGGUUCGUGACGACGAGUGGGCCGUCGACAUGAGCGCCGAGGCUGUGCGUGCCCGCGCUCAGCAGCUGCCUGGCGAGUUCCGCUCGAAGCUGUCUCUCAACGGCGACGAGGAAGAAGAGGAGGGCGAGGGCGGUGGCAGCACCGUCUACGACCAAUUGGGCGACUGGAUUCAGGAGCAGGCCAACAAGGAGGGCAUCGACAAGGUCGACGACAUCGCCAUCUACCUCAAGGCCAAGGAGUUGGGCAUCGAGGCUAAGCACCGUACCGUGCUUGUGCUGGCGCAGACCCUGUUCAACGAGAACAUCACGCAGCAGAUUAGCAAGCGUGCCCCGCUGCUUAAGAAGAUCAUUUCUUCUGAGCGCCACGAGAAGGCUCUUUUGGGUGGCACCGAGCGCCUCAUUGGCACCCUCGGCAAGGAGCAUCCCGAGAUGUUCGACAAGAUUGUCAAGAUCCUGCAGCUCUACUACCACUACGACCUCAUCUCCGAAGAGGUUGUCACCAAAUGGGGUACUAAGGCCUCCAAGAAGUACGUCGACCUCGCCACCUCCAAGAAGGUUCGCAAGGCUGCCGAGCCCUUCCUCAAGUGGCUCGCCGAGGCCGAGGAGGAGGAGUCCAGCGAGGAGGAGGACGAGUAA